UUUUGCCUUUUGAGAUCUGCAGUCAUGCAACAGCACAACAACUCAAGAGCGGCUGCCGUCCCUGUGGCAAACCAGGUGAGCAGUGCAGUGCUGGGGCUGUGUUUUCUAUUUGGCAUGCCUGGGAACAUAAUGGUUGUGGUGGUGAUACUCCGCAACUUCAAGAAGGACCACUUCACCCUGCGACUGAUCCUAAAUCUGGCUGUGUCAGACAUCUUGUGCCUGCUGCCUCUUCCUGCUUUCAUGCAUGCCCUGCUCAAUGGAUGGACAUUGGGAACUGCUCUCUGCAAGGUCCUGUCUUUCCUAAUCUACACCAGUCUGUACAAUGGCCUACUAACCGUAACUCUGAUGAGUGUCCAGAGGUACCUAGUGGUUCUCUACCCUCAUCACUGGGCCAAGCUGGGCAGGAGGGGGGAACGGGUUCUGCUGUUCUCCUUAUGGGUUCUAGCGUCUGUCCUCUCCAGUGCCGCCGUGGUAACCAACAGUGUGUUUGAAGAAGGAGGGAAACUGAAAUGCUGGAGAAUCUCGAUGUCGGAUCGGAGGAGAGCUGCAGUCGUGUUGUGCGAGACGCUGCUGGGCUUUGUCGUCCCAUUCUCCAUCCUGGUCACCUCUUAUUGUUACCUCCACAAGAAGGUCAACCAAACGUCCUUCUUCAGCAGCCAGAGACUGACCAGACUGGUGACCCUUAUUGUAGUCACUUUCUUUGUUCUCUGGAUUCCAGUUCACAUCCUCAAUCUGAUGGAUAUUUUUGCAAUUUUUAUCAGAUCAGCUAAACCGGCCAUUUAUGAACAACUGUCAGGGCUAAGAGCUAUAUUUAUGCUGGUAGCUAUUACAUGAAAUCAAAUAUAUAGCUAUUACAAAUGAAAUAGGGGCUGUUUACUUGGAUACAAAUAAAACAAACAUAAGUUUCCUAAACUAUGA